CGCUUAUAAUCAGAUUUAAGUGAAGUCUGUGAUAAUUGUGCCUGUUACGUUUCAAAUAAAACUUUCGGUCUCAUAAUAUUAGGGAAUACCUGACCAUUAAUCUCAAGUUGUUUUCCGAUUGCUGGUGUGUGAUCUUGAAGUGGAGCUUUAUGCAGAAGGGUCUUUGAAGUUUGGCAUCAAUAGAGUUGAAUUCAAUGAAUGAGGUAUAACUUUGAAAAUGGAUUCUUUAUUUCAUAGAGUUUUGUGAUCCCAAACAAGAACUGGCAGACAUACAUAGACCAUAGUGUGCGUUCUUGAUCGUUAACAAUCUUGAGACCCAUGAUGAGAAGUAGAUAACGUAGGGGUUCUUGAUUGUGGACCUGGCAUUCACAAUAAUAUUGUAAAUUAUAGUAAAAUCGAAUGCACACUUGUUUGAUCUUUUUUAAUGUAAAAGAGUGUCGUUCUUUCAUCUUUGUCUUAUCCAUUUCACCACGCUAUCUUUCCAUAAGAGUCCGAAUCCCAUUGGCCGACCUCGACUACACGACCGAACCCUACUCACCUCCUUAUCCUGCACCGUCACCUCGUGAUCCGUGCAUACCACAUCACGAUGGAUCAUAUUCAUCGGCACAGUCACUCUCUUCGCCGGUCCGACUUGCCCAUGGCCGGUUCAGCGCGCGCUCCCGGCGUCAUGAUCGGCCUCUCCCAGUCCGCCUCCGACGGCGACGACGACGAUGUCACGUCAUGGCCGCGGGCGGUGGCCCCGGACGAGACCUCCCCCGGGUCGUCCGCCGUUCGGAAGCCCCGAGGUCGCCCUCCGGGCUCAAAGAAUAAGCCCAAGCAGCCGGUGGUGGUCUCCAGGAGCAGAGCGUCGCCCUUGCACCCCGUGGUCCUCCAGUUCGACGGCGGCUUCGACAUCGUCUCCGGCUUGUCCGAUUACGUCCGCCGCAACCGCGUGGGCGUCUCCGUCCUCAGCGCCUCCGGCGUCGUGUCCGGCGUCUCGCUGCGCCAUGCUUCGGUAGCGGUAGCCCACGGCCUCCAGGCCGUCUUCACCCUGCAGGGGCGCUUCGACAUACUCUCCUUCUCCGGCACGCUGUUCCCUCCGUCGGCCACGGCAUUCCCUCCAGGGCAUUUCUUCUCCGGCACGCUAUUCCCUCCGGGAGUGCCGCAGCCUCCGCCGCUGACGGUUUCGCUGGCAAGUUCUCGCGGGCAGGUGAUCGCCGGGGCCGUGAUGGGAUCGAUGUCGGCGGCGGGACCCGUACUCAUUAUGGCUGCCACAUUCUCCAACCCGGAGUUCCUCCGGCUCCCGAUCUCCGACGACGACAACGAGGCGGCAGUCGUGGACGACGACGACAGCGGCGCAGAUCCGGUGACUCCCCUGGCAACGUCUUUACCCUCCAACCUCACCGAUCUCAACGCCUUACCCGUACGGCCAUCUCGCAACAGCAUCGUCUUCCUGGCUCAACCCUCCUCCGUCCGGCCUCCGCCGCACGCCCACCCUCCGCCGCCCCAUUAUUAACUCCAUCAGAUAUCACCACCGGCUGUAAAAAUAGAACGACUCCUCUCCUUAAUUUCUUGGGAACAACUGCCGUUUCCCAAGAUUUUGUUUCUUUCUUCAGUUCAUUCUUUUCCUCUUUCUCAUGCAGCAAAUGAAUGCAUGACCAGCUUCUUACGUUGUGGAUAUAAUUGCAUGCAGGCAGGCAAACCAUUGUGAUCCCUAUUGUUUUGGGUUGACA